AUGCUGAAAGAAACAGACUUGACUAGCCGUAGUUCUGCCGCAGAUGUCAACGCCGCCGCGCAUGUUCAGCGUGAGUCGGUCGUUGUCAUAGAUUUCGGUUCGCAGUACAGCAUGCUUAUCGCUCGCCGAGUGCGCGAGAGCAGCGUCUAUUGCGAGAUUAUCCCGCACACCGCCGAUUGGGAUUCGGUCGCGUCCCUCAAUCCUAAAGGAAUCAUACUUUCAGGCGGUCCCGCCAGCGUCUAUGAGGCCAAUGCACCGCUCGCGCCUUCCUGGGUGUAUGACUCCGGACUGCCCGUGCUCGGCAUCUGCUACGGUAUGCAGGCUAUGGCGCACCAACUCGGCGGCAAGGUGGCUCCUACUUCUCGCAAAGAGUACGGUCACGCCGUCAUGCAACGAAGCGCAGGCGAUGACCCUAUCUUCAAAGACCUUCCUCAAUCCAUGUCCGUGUGGAUGAGCCACGGCGACCAGAUUAGCGAAACGCCGCCCGGCUUCCGGUCCCUCGCCCGCUCCGAAAACUCGCCAAUCGUCGUGAUGGGCAACGGCGCGGGUAUGUUGGGAUUACAGUUUCACCCAGAGGUCGUCCAUACUCCUCAGGGCAAAACGAUCAUCGAGAACUUCCUAUACCAAAUUUGCGGCUGCGCUCCUCUCUGGACACCCGGAAACUUCGUCAGUGACAGCAUCGAGCGGGUGCGCGAGCAGGUCGGCGGCGGCAAGGUCAUAUGCGCCCUGUCCGGCGGUGUUGAUUCCGCUGUGGUUGCUGCGCUCAUCCAGAACGCCAUUGGCGACCGCCUCACGUGCAUCUUCGUGAAUAACGGAAUGAUGCGCAAGGGUGAGCCGCAGGCUGUUCGCGACACAUUCCAGCGCCACUUCAAUGCGAACUUGGUGUACGCCGAUGCCACCGAGAACUUCCUCGGCGCGCUCCGGGGCGUCAUAGACCCCGAGCAGAAGCGCAAAAUUAUCGGCGAAGAGUUCAUUCGCGUUUUCGACGAGGAAGCCGCCCGUAUCGGCGCCGUUGACUUCCUCGCACAAGGUACGCUCUAUCCUGACGUCAUCGAAAGCGAGACGACGGAUAACUCCGUGUCCGCGAAAAUUAAGUCCCAUCACAAUGUCGGCGGACUGCCUGAGCACAUGAAGCUCAGCCUUGUCGAGCCGCUGCGCUACCUGUUCAAGGAUGAGGUGCGCGGUGUGGGCUUGGAGCUUGGCUUGCCUGAAGAGAUCGUUUAUCGGCAGCCCUUCCCCGGUCCUGGCCUCGCAAUUCGCAUCAUCGGCGAAGUCACCCACGACAAGCUGAAUGUCCUGCAGGAGGCAGAUGCCAUCGUAAUGGAUGAAGUCCGCAGGAACGACCUCUACCGCGAAAUCUGGCAGAGCUUUGCCGUCCUGACUGACACGCGCAGCGUGGGUGUAACCGGCGACUUCCGCACCUACGGACAUGUCAUCGCCAUCCGCGCCGUCAGCAGCGAGGACGCCAUGACAGCGGACUGGGCGCGCAUCCCAUACGAUGUGCUGGGGCGCAUCUCCAACCGAAUCGCCAACGAAGUGCCAGACGUCAACCGUGUCGUAUACGACAUUACCAGCAAGCCGCCGGGUACAAUCGAGUGGGAGUAG